AUGACAGCUCUAGCGGGUCUCGCCUAUCUGCUGUUUGCAUUCUCGCCUGCACUAGCAAUUUUUCAUAAAAUCAUUGCAAAUGAUCCGCUACGAAUAAUUCUAUUCGUUCUGGGAGCAUUUUUCUGGUUAUUGUCAUUGUUGUUCUCAGCGUUGGUGUGGUAUGCCGUGAUACCACUGAGGGAUACGUUAGUAUUCGCGGUAUUCGUAUCAAUAGCAUUCCAAGAAAUCGCUCGUCUCAUUCAUUUUAUUCUGCUCAAGAAAGCACAGAAGUAG